AUGCCAGGAGUUCAAACCUCCGAGCCCUUGUCAACGAAGCGAUCAGCCACCACUUCUCGGCAUUCUGCAAUUCACCCUAAUGCCUCCGUAAAGGAGGCCCUCAAGAAGUGCCUCCAGCAGCUCCGAAGAUCUGAAAUGAUUGGGAUCUUCAAGGCAAACCUAUCUCGCUACCCGGUAGUGACGUCAGACAAAGUCCGGAGGGUCAUUAUUGUCACUUAUUUUCAGGCGGGUUCCAACUUCGUCGCAGACUUGCUGUCUUCGUCGCCGCCCACGUUUUACCACUACGAGCCUUUGCGCAUCUACGGCGUUGCUACCAGGCUUAACGAAAUGACGGCGUGCAAGGCAAUCAGCUUGAUCGGGCACCUGCUACGCUACAAAUUGCAAAGCGAGGAGCAAUAUGUUCACAUGGUGUUCGAGAAGAAGGACCUCUUCAAGCGGAACCGCUUCCUCUGGACCUUGUGCCAGGGCACAAGUGGGGUAUGCUUCUGGCCGGACUUCGUGUCCAAAGUGUGCGCGCGGGCACCCGUGCAAGGGAUGAAAAUCACGUGUCUCCACAUGUCUCAGGUUCGAGACUGGUUGCGCAGCAACCCGGACCUAGCCACGUCCGUGAAGAUCCUCCAUCUGGUACGAGACCCGCGAGGUAUUCUGGCUUCGAGAAGGCUGUUGGGCUGGUGCAAUGGCUCGAAGAGGUGCGUCCACCCGGCCACACUCUGCUCUGAACUUCGCAACGACCUCAACACAACCGACGAGCUCGACAGCUCGUAUCCAAAGAGCACGUACAAGGUCCGAUUCGAGGACGUGUCUCUGGACCCCAAGAAACGAGCGCGGGAACUAUUCGAGCCUCUUGGACUAAACCACACAAUGCAAGUGACCUUGUUCCUGACUGAGCACACCAAGGUGGGAGAUGCCGACGCCUCUUAUCCGCAUUCGACGAAAAAGAAUUCGUCCAUCGUCCCAUUUCAGUGGGUAAAUAAACUCAAGUUCGAGGAAAUCGCGGACAUUCAGCGGUCCUGCUGGGACGUGAUGCGACGUUGUGCAAUCGACCUCGACCUAGGUCGCUUCGGCAACUUGCGUGGAAAGUCAUCCUGCGAGACUCCGAGGGCCGCCUUAACUCUGAGUCACUGA